AUGCUAAGACUGACAAGGCUCACUGAUGAUACCGACUACGAUGCCGUCGAAACGUCUGGAAAUGUAGCAAGUCCACGUUCCGACUCUGGAAAUAAUCACGCAUACUAUACUCUCCAGACAAGGGGCGAUCCUCCAGGUCUUCCUGCCAAUAUGACCAAGUUGCGAAAAUUAGGUCAAACAACUACUACUCUUAUUGCUUACGAUCACCUUAAAUGA